AUGCAGACCAGUAAUGAAGAAAAUCUCAACCCAGAUUAUAUUCUACGGUCAGAAGCGAAGAUAAGCAAGGAAUUUUACUCGGAUCAUGAAGCAGCUGUGGAUAAUCAUGUCGGUGGUGAAGAUAUAGAGGAGGAGGAGGAGGAAGAGGAAUUCUCUUUUGUGUGCGGAGCAACCACUUCGCCCAUAGCGGCGGAGGACAUAUUUAUUAACGGCCAGAUCCGGCCGGUUUAUCCACUUUUCAACCGGGACUUAUUGUUCUCCGGCGAAGAUUUGGUCGACACCUUGCCGUCGAGGCCGCCGGUUAAAAAGGUGCUCGUCGAAACGAUUGACGGGCCGUCCUCGCCGGAUCGGCAGGCGGUGGAGGUGUCGGCGUCGCCGCAGGUCUGCAGGAAGAGCAACUCGACCGGAUUUUCGAAGAUCUGGCGGUUCAAGGAUUUUCUGGGGAGGAGCAACAGCGACGGGAGGGACGCCUUUGUCUUCCUCAACAGCGGCCACUCGUCGGCGGCGCCGUCCGCGGCAGAUCAGAUGGCCAAGGGAGAGGAGAAGAAGGGUAAGGUGAAGGGGAAAGUGAAGAAGGAGAAAAGGGAGUCGUUGUCGGCGCACGAGGUGUACCUGAGGAGCAAGUCCAAGGAGGAGGAGCGGCGCCGGUCGUAUUUGCCCUACCACCCGGAGUUAAUGGGGUUUUUCACCAAUGUUAAUGGCGGCUUGAGUAAAAAUGUACAUCCCUUCUGA